UGAAUUAUUUAUAUUUUAAAAGUUCCUGUGGUGCAUUAUAUUUAAAUAUCACUAGGACGUUGAUAGCUUACUUAGAAAACUAGCACACCGUUACACUGGCAUUAAAACUAUAUUUUAUCUACGAUUGUAGCAGGAUUUCCGGAGUGCAGAUAAAUUUAUUUUGCCUUCAGCGUUACUCAGAGCAGAUCAAAUGCGCAGGCUCCCCCCUUCGUAAUUUAUUUUUGCCUUAAAUCCGCUCAAGUAUGCGAUAUCGCGGGCAAUCAAUGUACAGCCCGAACGCAAAUUAAACUUGCUGCAUGAAGUUAAUUAUUGUGAAUAGAUGAAAAUGAUUCCACGCUAUUGCUGGGUUAUUUUCUUCGUCUGCUGGAGCAUCGACCAGUCCAUUCCGGUGGCCGCCAGGAAUGUGGACGACGAGAAUCCCAUUGUGUUCCAUGCUCCGAUAGACUCUGAAGUCGAAGACUACUUUGGAUUCAGUGUCGCUCUCGUUGCUGGAGACCCGAAGAAGCCUCGCAAAUAUCCACCAUGGUUUUUGAUCGGCGCGCCAAGAGCUUAUCACGAAGGACUGACAAAAGGCGAAAGCUACCAGUGCAAACUAUCACCUGACGCCCCGGAUGAUAUAUUAAGGCUCUCGUGCCAACAUUUGCCUGUGUCGCUGACGUAUCCAUCUCUUGAGAACUCCACAACAAUUCAUUACAACAACAGCUUGUACGGUAGCUCGCAAGACGCUGUUGGUUUAAAACUGUACACCACUUGCAGCCCGCACCUGCAAACUUUAGAUACGGCCAAGGUAUCGCGUAUGAAUGGACUGUGUGUUGUCGGGUCGACGACUAAAGUGGAUUCGUAUUCAAUUUUGGAGCCUCUUAGUAAUAAAGAUCGUGCUUUUGAAUGGUCAACCAGGGGAGCCGCAAUGAAAAACUUUGUCUUUGGCCAGUCCGGGUUCUCGGCAAGGAUACUCAGCUCUAGUCAGGCCGGACUCCAACUCCUGAUAGGAGCCCCCAAUGUGCACGAAGGAAAAGGCACUGUGGCGCGAUACAGCCUUUUUAAGAAUGUCAAGACCAAUCAGUUCGAGGCAGGAAACCUGACAGUUCCUGGGGCUGGCAAUAUCAGCGAUUAUUCUAAAGGUCAACGACUUUAUCUUGGCUACUCCAUCUCGUCAGGAAAUUUGUUUUCAAAAAACAAAACUUGGUACGCGAGCGGUAGCCCAAAUCACGAAGUCCGAGGAAGUGUGUUGAUUUUUGAUAUCCUGCCCAACAACACGAUGACCAGGAAGCAAGUCUUGUUAGGGGUGCAAUUGGGAGAGAGCUUUGGCUAUUCGCUGGCGUCAGGAGACAUUAGCGGGGACAAAUUGGACGAGUUGAUCGUUGGGGCUCCCUUCUUCACCACCAAUGGUGGGCAGAAUGAGGGACGGGUCGUCAUCUUUUCUAAGAACAAGGCGAACUUGCUGACUCAGAAGUACGAGCUCAAAGGAACGACGGCGAAGGGGCUCUUCGGAACCACGGUUGCAUUCCUUGGAGAUUUGGACAAAGACAGAUACGGAGAUUUUGCUGUCGCCGCACCCUUUGAGGGCGGAGGAGUGAUAUACUUAUUUUUCGCGUCGGCCGCUGGAGUGUCUUUUGGAAAGAAAAUAGUGGGGACAAAUUACGAACCGAGUAUUUCACGGUUUGGUUUUUCCAUUUCCAGAGGAGUAGACGUCGAUCAAAACGGAUUCUUAGAUUUCGCAGUCGGUGCGUACAAAUCUAGACACGUGGUGUUGUUCCGCACGCGGCCCGUCGUGAAUUUGCAUCAUGAGUUUAAGUUGGUCGAGGAUUUCUUGACCUAUAAUAGCACAAACUUUACUCUAAGUAGUUGCGUGCGAUACAACGGUACAAGAGCACCCAAAUCCCUUGAUUUCGGUCUGAAAUUGGAACUUCUGGGCACAUCAGUGAGAAGGAUAUUCUACAAAACUGUUGAAAGUAGCGUGAGACUGAUCGAAAACAACAUAACGCUCGAGAGGAAUAACACAAGCUGCACAAAUUUUCAGUUUCGCUUUCGGGAAAACAUGACGGAUUAUGAGACUCCCUUUAAGGUUACCAUUCAGUAUUUAUUACCACACAACGAUGCCAAGUCCAACGUAAAGGACAAAGUGACCACGCUUUCCCCUGUCCUGGCCAAACCAUCUCUGCGAGAGGUUGACGUAACUUUCGCCUCUAUGUGCAGCAAAGACAGCUGCAUUGCCGACUUGCGAUUGGAUAUGCGAUUUUACCUCGCAAACACCGGAGCUGAAAUAACGAGGUACGUGAUCGGAUCGGAUGUAUCGCUGCUCGUUCGAGUGACACUCACGAAUCUUGGAAUGCCCGCUCUGGGUUCGAAAUUGCUACUCGCAUAUCCGCGCCAGCUGCAGCCCACGAUCUUUGGCAGAUGCCUCGACCAGGAAGAGGACCAAGCGACUAAAAGCGAGAUUCAGUGCUCAGUGUUCACCCCGUUGCUUGCUGGCAAAACGGAGACCGUUGAGCUCCGGUUUAGUGGGGCUGAACUAGACGCGGAGAAAAAGCUCUUGGUCUCGGCUAGUGCGAUUUCAAGAAGCACAUUGACGAAUUCAUCCAUUGUGAUGCAAGAAAAGGAAUUGAAGAUUGAGUCAGAAGCGGCCCUCAGCGUUUCGGCCUCUCCAACGGAGGAGCCAAGAAGAUUUGAUCUUUAUGGAAAUGCCCUGCAAACUUUGACGUACCAGUUCAUCAUAGAAAAGUAUGGCGCGAGUCCGUUGCACGAUGCGAAAAUUAUGAUCACGUUUCCAUAUGCGAUUAACAACAGGAAGAAAUCAAUUUUUGGAUUUGACUGGACAGUGCUAUCGUCAUCUGGUGAGUGCGCUCCAGAAGAGGCCGAAUCAACAGAGGACGAGGGAGACGUUUUAAAUUUGGACCAAAGCGCGGAAAGCGACAGCUCUGAAGAACCUAACGAGGGUGACCACCGUCGCAGGAAAAGAGAUGCGCAAAAACUGCAGAAAAUUCUACCAGCGAACCGGACGCUUCUCUUGAAUUGCUCGUCGCAAUUAUGGGAGUGCAAAAGCGUGACGUGCAAAGUGGGUAGUUUCCUCACACGCGCCGCUUACGUUACUGUCAAUGCUACUAUGUGGAUCGACUUCUCUGCUUUAAAAAAAGUGCUGGGAUCCAAAGACUUGGUUCAAAUCGAAGCCGAAGCGUAUGUUGAAGUACUGAAGCCAGUAAACGUUCAGAAGCCAAAGGAGCAGAGGCCGGAUCAAGUGACAGUGACAGCGUCUUUCCAAAGGAUCAUGAAAAAUCGGGACUAUUUUCACGACCCAUUCGUUUUAAGUCUGAGCACUGCUGUCGGCCUUUUCCUACUUCUGAUGCUUGCACUUGGCUUGUCAAAGGCUGGCUUUUUUAAACGGAACGACAUACACGUUCUCCAGCAAAGAUUGCGAAUGCAGAGACCCCCGAUUGCCUCGCUCAAAGAUCUUCAAAUAAUGUAUGAUAGAUGUGAUACUAGUGAUAACGAAUAAGAAAUCCAUGUUAAAUAAAGAUAAAGCAGCGUUCACUGAAAA